CAACAGUAUCCCAGCACAGCUCCAUCUUUUACCUAUGAAGAUGACAAAAGGAAACUAAGUGGAUCUGAUGUUAAACCGCAGUAUGUUCACCAUGUGACUCUCACACCUCCACCAGAGAUCAGCCUCUCCAUCCCUCCCAAAAAAGGUGUCAAAGAAAGAUGUGUGAAGUUCGCUGUGGCUGCUGGGAUCUCGCUGCUGCUCCUCCUGCUGAUGGCUGGAAUCCUGCUUGGUUAUUACUAUUCCUCGUCGUGUUUACAUGGAAGGAAGUGUGGAGAUGGGAACUGUGUGUGGGAAUCCCAGUGGUGUGACGGAGUGAAGGACUGUCCUGCAGGCCAGGAUGAAGCUAACUGUGUGAGAGUCCGUGGCUCGAACUUCCUGCUUGAGGUUUACUGGACUCCUACUAAAGACUGGAGGCCGGUUUGUUUUGAGGGCUUCAGUGAGCAGCAGGGUAAAGUGAGCUGCCAAGACAUCGGUUACAGCAGGGACACAUAUUUUAAAUCAGGACAGCAAACGACUGACUCUACUGGUGGAUUUUUAUCAGUGAAGCGAAGCUCCAGCCAUCAGGCGUCUAUACUGAGACAACUCGUCCUCAGCAAAUCCUGCAGCAACAACAGCAUAGUGACGCUGCGGUGUACAGACUGUGGGAGCAGGGAGAACUCCAGUGAGGCCCCUGGGCCCCAGCUGGCCCCUGUGGGCUCCUGGCCCUGGCAGGUCAGCCUCCAUGUUGCCGGGUCUCAUCGCUGCGGGGGAGCAAUCAUCUCUCCACGCUGGAUCGUGACCGCAGCCCACUGCGUGAGGAGGACUCCGAGUCCUGAAGCCUGGGCAGUGUACGUGGGGAUAGUGGACCCACUGGGUCCUCUGUUUAACCCUGCCCACGCUGUGAGUCGGGUAAUAGCACAUGAACAAUAUAACGGACAAACUCGGCAAAAUGAUGUCGCUCUAAUGAAGCUCUUUGAGCCUUUGGAUGCCACAGCUUCCAGCAAAGUCAGACCCGUGUGUCUCCCCAAUGCUGGUCUAAACAUCACUGAGCCCGAGAAGAGCUGGGUGACGUACUUCGGCUCCGCAACAAACGAAGAUUCUGGUUCUCUGUACCUGAUGGAGGCUGCGGUGUCACUCAUCCCCUCUGCGGAGUGCAACAGCUCCGCAGCGUACAGCGGCAGGAUACCGCAGGAUGUGCUCUGCGCUGCAGAGUCAGAACCAGGAGCCGGCGUGUGCCACCCGGACAGCGGCGGCCCCCUGGUGGCCCAGAUGGAUGGACUGUGGUGGCUCUUAGGUGAUGGUGUGUGGGGGGGACACUGCAACGGACAGAAUAAACCAGGCGUCUACACCAACAUAAAACACCAUCUGAACUGGAUCUACCGACAGAUGCAGAAGCAUCAAGAUGUCUGACGACGGGACCAAAGGCGAUCAGCAAGACAAGUUGGAUAACUUGUCUUGCAUAUUACAUGAAGACAUUGUAAUAUUGUCUUCAUGUUCCUCUAUAAUCCUGUAUAAUGCAAUUUUUUUUUUUUUACUUCCUUAAAAAAAAUUUUUCAUAGCCUAAAAGAAAAAAACAGAUCAGUCACAAUAUUAACACAUCUCUGCUUACCCCCAUAUCUAGAAAGUCCCAAAUGUCUUUUCAGCAAAAGGAUUUCCACACGGAGGCGGGAAAAAAAAGAGAUAUAUGGAAUAUAAAACGAUGGUGCCAUGUGUUUUAUGAAAAGUAUUACGCUAUUGUCUCUCUGAAAAAGUAUGUGUUAUCUUACUGAUUAUA